AAUCAUUUCCCCCCUUCCGUCAAUUUUUUUUUUUUAUUUGCCCUCACGGCCAAUCAUUCCCCCCUCUCGCGAUCUCUCUUUCUAUAUCCAAGACUCAAUUGCUAACCAGCAAGCGGUAAUUUUCUGAUUGUUGAAGCAUAAAGCGAAAAUGGGUCAGAUCCAGUACUCCGAGAAGUAUUUUGAUGACAUCUAUGAGUACAGGCAUGUUGUUCUUCCAACAGAGGUUGCUAAGUUACUCCCGAAGAAUCGCCUACUCUCAGAAAAUGAGUGGCGUGCAAUUGGGGUUCAACAGAGCAGAGGGUGGGUUCACUACGCAAUUCACCGCCCGGAGCCACACAUUAUGCUUUUCAGGCGGCCACUUAACUACCAGCAGCCGCAGCAGGAGAAUCAAGUUCAGCAAAACAUACUCGCCAAGUGAUCAAGUUCCAUUUAUGAGGUUCUAAAUUUGUUUCGAGCUUUAGAUUGAAAAAAGGGUUACUCUCGUUUCAUCUGGAAAUGUAUGUACCUUUUAUAUACUCUGUUCUUGAGUAAAUUUGGGAGUGCUCAGUUAUGUUACUUUGACGUUGAAACUUCUUUUUCAACGAUGUUGAUGAUGUCAUCAGAACUUGAAGUUUAGUUUUUUUAUUGAGACACUCUUAACUAAGAUGACCGUGUUUGAUGGAUAACGUAGAUUUUGUCUAUUUAUAUUGUUUUGGCACUUGAAAAUAAGGGUAGUGGUAUUAUUCGGAUCAA